AUGGGUGUGGCUGAAGUCCUGAGGUGUGAAGUGGCGGACGCCUUCAGCUGCCUAAUGGUCACCGGCUCGGAGGAGCUGGUGAGCAGAGUGAUCAGGGUCAAAGUUCAAGACAGAGCCAACUUCCACUUCCCUGUGACCGUGGUUAUGCCUUUCUGCGCGCGCUACCGUGGCAGCUACAGGGAUGUCACUGUCAAAAUAAUGGAUGGGGAGAGGAGGGUGAGCUACGUCACUCCUGUAACAACAGAGGGCACGUAUGGAGGGCAGAGGGGCUCAUUUGCAGAAGUGAAGGUGUAUUCCCUGGGUUUCUUUGCAGUUGUUUCCUGUCUAAAAAGAGAAAAUUACACCGUUCCCAGUAGGGGUUUGUCACUCAAGCUCCCAAUGGACCAGCGCAUUUGUCUCAACUACCUCCCAGGAGCCUUCACUGCUCCAGUAAUGGCACAGAUCAUGAUCCAGCCGUUAGACGCCGUCCUCCUGGCUGCUGUCAAGUCCAGAAGUGAUGUCUAUUAUUCAGUGGUGUCUACGAGCCCACUACUCUACCUCACCCACCCGACCUCACAGCCCCUGAGACGACCCCUCACUGUCACCCUGCCCUGUCCCCCAAACCCUGAAAGAAAGAGAAAGAUAAGGGGACAAGGUGAAGAGACAAAGCAUCACCACACCCACUCUGUUUAUCCAGCAUGGGAUCAACCUGCUGGCCACAGAGUGAGAAUACUGGGUGCCUUGAAGUCCUCAAAGGAAACAUCCAAUGAGCAACUGAUUGUUCUGGGCUCAAAGGAUAAACAGUGGAGCGUCCUGGAGAAAGUCACGGUCAGAAACCAGCAGGACGGACUGGCAUCCUUUGAGCUGACAGAGAACUUUGACAGACUACUGCUGGUUCGUCUCCUCUCCCCACUGCAGCCUUGUCAUCUCACCUCCCUGGCAGAGGAGCUGGAAGAGUCGGUUGGCUGCCACGCAGUCACUGUCGUCCUCCAGCACCGGCAGGACAAACCUCACACUGUCCUGUUAGCUGCCCUGCCCAGCCGGGACCUCAGCUGGGAACUGAACAAACUGCGAGCUCAGGGCUACAGCGGCCUCCUGGAGACCUCAUCAGACAUCUCCAUGUGUGAAGGAGACCAGCUUCUGCUACGUUUCAGUGGCAACAUCACCUCCACAGAUGACACUGACUUAAAUGUAAUCAUCUUUCUUUUUAAAUAUUCUUCUUUUGCAAUAGGAACUCAAAACAACCAAAAUGACAUCCCACAGGACGGAAUCGCCUUUCACAGUCAGCGCAUCAAUCACCUCUUAGUGCGUCUAACUGAAGUGGAUCCAUUUGGGAACCACAGCUCCCCCCACUACAAGGGGGCGGCUGUGUUUUACAAGGUGACCAGAGGUGAGCUGGAGUGGCGAGGGGACAAAGCCGCCCCGAAGGAUGGAAAGCUCCUGGGAGAUCCUGUGUGUAAGCUGUCUCUGACUUUACCCAAGGUGAGAAGCAUUAAUCGGCCCAUCACAGCCAGAGUGAAGAUAUGUGAGGAAACAGACUCCCUGCCAGACUCUCUUCUUCUCUGGCUGGCUGGGGAACUUUCAGAGGAAGAAAUAGCCCUGUUGGCGCUCUCCCUGCGUCUCCGUCGUAGCGCUGCACAACUGGUGAAGCUCCGGGCCGGGGACAGCCUGUCCACGCAGGCCUUCCACGUCCUGGCCAUGUGGAGGAGGGCGCUACCCGCUGCUCCACACCAACCCAAGGCCUCUCAGCUGGCUCAUUGCUUGGCCAAGAGCGGCAGGCCAGAUCUGGCCAGAGAGCUGCUUCUGCGACAGGCUGCAGCCACCAGACAGGGUUCACUGAAAUAA